AUGAAGAAGGAGUUGAAUGGAGAGAAAUCCUUCUAUCUUUCCACAGAAACAGUCUUCUUGGCUUCAACAAAGCCAUACCACAUUGCCUACUUACCCACAAUGAUGGUACUAUCUUCAAAUAACAACAGAAACCUCUGUAUUCUUCAAACAAACAAGAGGAGAGAGGUUUAUCUCAUGGUGUGUGUUGUGGAGAUUGGUGGAGAUUGGAGAUUGGUGGAGAUUGGUGUUGAAGCCAUUUUGCGAACGGUCAUUCGAACGGUCACGGAGGCUGGCUGGCGACCGUGUAAUACGUGUAAUACGUAUUAUACGAGAAUACGUAGAAUACGCAUUGUACGUAUUACAUGUAUUACAUCGCGUGCGUUUGAGGGUCUCUCCUUGCUGUGUAUUGAGGGGUCGAGUCAAUAA